UUUUUUUCAGUCCGAUUUGAUCAACAAGUCAAAUAGCUCACCUUUAAGGAACAGCAGGGUUGGGUUGAGGGGGAAGAAUUCAACUUGGAACAUUUCAAUUUCAAUUUCAAUUUUGGUGGUCAAACCGUUUCAUCCAAAUUCUCCUCCUCUGCUCGCAAGGACAUGGCGGUCCUUUUCUCCUUCCCAUUUCCCCUCCUUAUUUAUAUCCCCAGAAGCUGCACGAGAUGCCGAUCUGAUUUACUGCCACAAGGAGAGGCGGAGCAAGAAGAGGAUGGAGACCGGAGAAGGGCAAGAAAUCAGAUUGCGGAGAGGUGACCAUGAUCCUGCCGUUGCAGCAGCUUCAUCCGUGCGCUUCUGCAGGAUUUGCCAUGAGGAAGAGGAAGAGGGGUCCGCCACCAUGGAAUCCCCCUGCGCUUGCUCCGGCACGCUCAAGUUUGCUCACAGGGAAUGCACACAAAGAUGGUGCGACGAGAAGGGAAACGCUGUCUGCGAGAUCUGCCUUCAGGAAUUUGAACCUGGAUACACCAUCGCUGAGAAGAAGGCCUUGGUCGAUGUGGGUGUGACGAUCAGAGGGAGCUUGGAGGUCCCCAGGCUGAACUACGACCCUCAUAACCCAGAGUUUGUCCCCUACAAUGAUACAGACUCCGACGAGUGCUCACCAGCAUCCCGCCGACGUGCAUCCUACUUCCGAUCUGUCGCCCUCAUUUUCAUGGUCAUAUUCUUGGUCAGAAACCUGGUCACUAUAAUGACUGUUGGGGCCGAUCAUUAUUAUGCAUUCACCUUUCUCACUGUGUUCCUGCUGAGAGCCAGUGUAAUUCUUCUGCCAUUGUACUUGGUGAUACGGUUCAUUUCAGCAUUUCAGGAAGCACAGCAGCAAGAGCAACUGCAGCACUUCCAUGUGGGAGAGACUUUCUCCGCGCACAGGGAAACAUUGGAGCACUACGAGCAGAGAAUUCAAAUACGUUUAUGACUGCACAUUUGUAUCAUUCUUAAUUCCCAAUCUUCUUCAGUUUCAUUGAGUGGCCAAUGAAACUGCCCCUUCAUCUCUUCUUUUUUCAAUAGUAAAAGGAAAAAAAAAGGCAACAGAGCAUUGUUCUUGUAUAGAAAUGCAAUGCCAAAACAUGUAAUUUUUUUAUUGUCAUACAUAUCAAAGGAGUCAUUACGAUGAGAGAUCUUACA